AUGGACAAGGUAUCCAUCGAAAAGGCCCUCGUCAAGGCCCGCGAGCUGGUCUCGUCGCUCGAGUCGUUUGAUGGCACCACGGCCCAGCAUUACGAGCUCCUCGGCCGCGUCGACGGCGUGCGUGAUUCCCUCGAGCAGCCCUACGACAAGGGCAUCCAUUGGUUCGAGGGCACCACAGUCUCGGCUGCCCUCAACAUCCUCGUCCGCAUCGGCGCAUACAAGCACAUUCCCACCGAUGGAAGCAGCAUCACCGCCGCCGACCUGGCCGCCAAAUGCGGCGUCGACACCUCCGUCACGUCGCGUGUGCUCCACGUCACCGUCAACAAGGGUAUCUUUGAGGAGACGGGACCGGGCGAGUACAAGCACAAUGAGCUGUCGCUCGCCUAUGGGCCCGAUUUCCUGGGCGGCUUCCUCGACGUUUGCAAUGAACUGACAAAGGCGUGGAUCUGUCUGCCCGAUUAUUUCAAAACCCACACGCCAGAGGACCUUUACGACCCCAAGAAGACGCCUGUCGCCUUCGCCAACGGCCGCGAGGGGAAGACGUACUACGAGGUCAUCGGCGAGGACCCGGAGCGCCGUCGUCUGUGGAACCUCACCAUGGAGAACAUGCAGAAGAACUUCCCAAUCAUCGGCAUGUUUCCCUUCAAAGAUCUGGAGCCCCUGGUCAAGGCCGAGUCGGAGAGGCCCAUCCUCAUCGAUGUCGCUGGAGGCAGGGGCCAGGCCCUGAAGGCUAUCCGGAACCACUGCGGUGACGUCUUUGACGGCAGAUUGAUCCUGCAGGAUCUGCCCAUUGUUAUUGACAGUCUGAACCCCGAGGAUCUUCCGGGUGUUCAGCUCAUGGCCCAGGACAUUUUUAUCCCUCAGGCUGUAAAGAACUCAGAUGCUCAUGUAUACUUCCUCCGCCGUAUCCUUCACGAUUACUACGACCCCGCAGUUGUUGAGAUCCUCAAGAACACAGCCUCGGCCAUGGGACCCGACUCCCGCCUCGUCAUCUGCGACAUGCUUCUCCCCGACAGGACCAAGGUGGGCGGCAACAUGACGCUCUGGUGGCUGGACCUGUCCCUCUUAGGAAUCGGAGGCAAGGAGCGCUCCAUGUCCGACUUUGAAAGGGUGCUUGAUGCCUCGGGCCUUGAGCUGAUCAAGCUGUACAAGGAUGGGAGCAGUGAUGUUGUCAUGCUGGAGACGAGGCUGAAGAGGGAUGGUGGUGCGAAAUGA